AUGACGAUGCACCCACCAGCGCGACCCCCCCUCGGACCGGCCUCCGCAACCGCUACGAAACCCCGCCUCGCCGAGUGGGUCAAGGUGGAGGGGGAAGACGACGACAGUGACGUCGACACCGCUAACAGCCUGCGCGGCGGUGGCAGCGGCGGCAGCGCGCCUAGCAGCACAGGCUCCAAGUUGUCUUGCGCCACUUCCCCGGCGGCGGCGGCGGCGGCGGCGGCAGCGGCGGCGGUGGCGGCGGGAGUAUUUCCAGCGGGGGCCGGGACAACACCGCCGGAAGCUAAAGGAUCAGAAGACUUAGGAGGCGGCAGACAGACACCGGCCAAGGGAGAUGGCGAACGGGUCUUUACAGAGGCGGAGGUUGGCGGUGGUCCCAAAGGGGGGGUGGUCGAGGCGGAAGCGAGGGAAGGGGGGGGCGGGACGGCACCGGCGGCCGCCGCGCCGGCAACUGCGGCGGUGGCGUCGCGGAAGCUGGCGGACUGGAUCAAGGACGGCGGCGCGGAUGACAGCGAGGCCGAGACGAGCACCAGCGGCUGUCUAUCUCUCUCUCUCAUGGUGGGCGGGGUUUGGAUAGUGGCGUGCCCCCGCUCCAGGGAGAAAACGAAAAACCUGUCCUCAAGGAAUCUAGUGCUAUUUAGCUUGGUCAUGGUGUGGACGGGAAAUCGAGUUUGA